UACUCUAAUAUAUACCUAGGGAUGAAGUCCAAAACAAAACAAGUCUAUCUGGCAUGUUAUGCAGUAAGCAAAUGUGACGCAUGGUGAUCUUGUAUUCACCUAGUGUAGUUUACGGGAGCGAACGUAGAUAACGUAGAUUAAAUAAUUUCAGUGCAAGCUAAAAGUUGUCACUUCGCAAGUACUCUACGCGGUGCAGAACUGUAGCAAGCAGGUUUGAUAGCCUUAAAUUACCAUUUGAUCCGAUUCGUCGAAGGGCUAAAUUCAACCUUCGCGCAGUAACGUUACGGUUUCUAGUAGCAAGUGCACUGAUUAACUCGAUUUUUUAAAAAGUGUUCUCUAUUUUCACACGGUCCAAUUCUGCCUAUCACCCUCUGGUGGUGAUCGAGGGAGCGAAGAAUUCUCCACAAGUGACUGCCAGUUCAGAAGAUGGCGGAAGGCGAACUGAACGUGGAUAGCCUCAUCUCUCGGCUUCUGGAAGUGCGGGGAUGUCGUCCUGGGAAGAUCGUGCAGAUGUCGGAGGCGGAGGUGCGGGGGCUGUGCAUCAAGUCCCGUGAGAUCUUCCUCAGCCAGCCCAUCCUGCUGGAGCUGGAGGCUCCGCUCAAGAUCUGCGGCGACAUCCACGGGCAGUACACGGACCUGCUGCGGCUCUUCGAGUACGGAGGCUUCCCGCCCGAAGCCAACUACCUGUUUCUGGGGGACUACGUGGACCGAGGCAAGCAGUCGCUGGAGACCAUCUGCCUGCUGCUGGCCUACAAGAUCAAGUACCCCGAGAACUUCUUCCUGCUGCGCGGGAACCACGAGUGCGCCUCCAUCAACAGGAUAUACGGCUUCUACGACGAGUGCAAGCGCAGGUUCAACAUCAAACUCUGGAAAACCUUCACCGACUGUUUCAACUGCCUGCCCAUCGCCGCUAUCAUUGACGAGAAGAUCUUCUGCUGCCACGGAGGUCUCUCUCCUGACCUCCAGUCCAUGGAACAAAUCCGCAGAAUCAUGAGGCCAACUGAUGUCCCUGAUACAGGUUUGCUGUGUGACCUGCUGUGGUCAGACCCAGAUAAGGACGUGCAGGGCUGGGGGGAGAACGACCGGGGCGUGUCCUUCACCUUCGGGGCCGACGUGGUCAGCAAGUUCCUGAACCGCCACGACCUGGACCUCAUCUGCAGAGCGCAUCAGGUGGUGGAGGACGGGUACGAGUUCUUCGCCAAGCGGCAGCUGGUGACCCUGUUCUCGGCCCCCAACUACUGCGGGGAGUUCGACAACGCCGGAGGCAUGAUGAGUGUGGACGAGUCCCUCAUGUGCUCCUUCCAGAUCCUGAAGCCAUCAGAAAAGAAGGCCAAGUACCAGUACGGGGGAGUGAAUUCGGGGCGCCCCGUCACCCCGCCUCGCACCGCCCAAGCCCCCAAAAAGAGGUGAGCGGCCAGCCUUACCCUGCUGGCCGUCCUCCGAUUGCCCCUCACUGUACCCCUGUACCCCCCCCCCCCCCCUCUCUCCUCUGCCUCUAGGGAGCUGUCCAGCCCAUCUUCCACACUGACCGAUCUUUUCUGGUAUACGUGUAUAUACGUUUUGCUGUGACCAAUCAAUAUCUAUUUUUUUUUUUGCUUUUUUUUUUUUUUGUUUUUGGUCUGUAUUUUUCAAAUAUAAAUAUUGUUGUGUCUUCUGAUUCCGUAAAUUGUUUCUCCGCUCCCACUACUCGGUGAAGCAAUAUAAAACAGCAUAUCGAGAAGAGCAACCUUGUAUGAAUGAAAAACGUAGAUUUUGCUUCGGUCCGGGUGAAUGUACGAAACAUGGUAUCUGUGAAUUCAGCCGCUUCUCAGAUUAGUCUGUGAACUGUGAGUUGAUCUUGGCUGCACUGUAAGACGGUCUUUGAUCGACCCGUGUGACCAUCUGAAACCUACUUCUGUUAAACUGACCAAGAUUGUGUCUGAGACUUAGGGCUCAGUCAGUUGAGCACAAACUCAUUUGAAUGAAGGGAGAUUUGAACGCAUGUUGCCAAGUAAACUGUAAAACAGUAGUGACACAUGCUAUCUCUCUCUCUUUCACUCUCUCUCUCUCUCUCUCUCUCUCUCUCUCUCUCUCCCACCCCCACACACACACACACACACACACACACACACAUUUGCAUAUGCGUGCACAAUGAGGACCAUACAGCAGUUAACUGUAAGAGUCGAGGUGCGUAGAUAAAGCCAUGACAAGAAGCCAAAUUACUCUUGAGGAAUCCCCAGUACACCACUGCAGGUAGGCAGGAUGCAUGUAGGACCCGCGGAGAACCAUGAGGUCAAAGGGCACACUCUUCCAGUGCCUUUUGCCCUGCCUCUUAUCAAGCCUGCAGUCUGGGACCUUGUGGACCCACAUUGUGGGGGUCCGCUUUUCCCCAUCCAGUGUCGGCAAUAGGAAAGCAGUAAAUGGUACCAACCUCGUGCCCUCCGAACCCCCGCCGCAGUGGCUAAAGUUGAGCAGGGCCUCUCGUGGGUCUUGGCAAGGAGCUGAAUGUCUCCCUGUUCUAGCACACGCCAUUUUAGUCAGCCCUCCCCAGUCCAUUCCACACAACACAAUUCCUUUGAACCUAUCCCCAUGUAAUGAACACAUGAAUGUUUGAUCUUUACUGUUAUCGACAGCCAUCGUGUAGUUCCACAGACCACGGUACUCAAGGUGUGCGGCUUAAACUUCCGUUGAAUGUAUUAAGAAAGCAGGGUUGGGAAUCUUGAUCUCCCCCCAUUUUUCAGAAUUUGGGUUUAGCUGAAGGACUAUGGGGCAGUUGCCUCAUAAGGACUGUCCAGGCUCUUUUUGCACUCAUAGCAUAGACACCCUCGCUAUGGUACGACUCUGCAGGUUAAAGCUUGGCUGAAAGCGUAGUGGCAGUGGAUGUGGUUUGUCAAGUUUUCACACCAAAUUCAGUCAAAUGGCAGAAAUGUUUUGUUGUGCGCCCUUUUUUUUUUUUUUUUUUUUGCCCCAGGAGGAUGAAGGAUAUUCUAGUAUUGUGGGUGCUCUUUGAAAGUCUGACAUUCCUUGUUACUGUGGAUCUGUUGCCCAGUGGGUAGACUCCCCAGUUUUUCGAAAUGAGGCCUCAUUUAGUUUAUUUCAUAUUUUGUAUGUUUUCGAGUUUAUAUUUAUGCUUUGUUGACCUUUUUUUUUUGUUAAUUUAUUUCCUCAUUCUGGGACACAAUAGUUACAAAAAGCAGUUUUCAAGAUUUGUACAAGGUUCUGUUUCAAAACUCUUUGAAUUCAAUAAAUGUAACUGCAAAGUAAA